AUGGCAAGACAACUUCGUAUUGGAAUCCUAGUGCCAUCUUCCAAUACUAUACUGGAGCCACUGAUCUCUGCCAUCCUCUCCUCCAUUCAAUCAGAGGAGCUUUCCAUUUCCGUACAUUUCUCACGCUUCCGGGUCACCACAAUCGAUCUUACACACAAUGCUAACGCUCAAUUUGAGCUUGGAACGAUACUUUCAGCCGCUCGACUGCUUGCAGAUGCUCAUGUUAAUGUCAUAGGGUGGGGUGGGACAUCGGCUGGAUGGCUUGGUUUCGAAGUGGACGAGAGAUUAUGUGCCGUAAUAGAAGCUGAGACUAAGAUCCCAGCAACGACCUCAACACUAGCCCUCAACCAGCUACUAUCACUUCAUGGGGUGAAAGCUUUGGGAUUGGUGACCCCCUAUCUGGAGGAAAUUAACGAUAGAAUUAGCAGAAACUAUUUGACCGCGGGAAUCGCAAUCGAGAAGUCGCGGGAAAACCAUCUCGGGAUCACGGACAACAACAAGAUUGUCAUGGUUGAUGAGGGAACCUUGGAUCGAAUGGUACAGGAAGUGGUAGAUAACGGAGCUCACGUGGUUACCACAUUCUGUACUAACCUGCGCGCUGCACAACGGGUCGAAUAUUGGGAGAAAACUCAUGGGAUCAUUGUUCUAGACACAGUCAGCACGGUGGUGUGGGGAGUUCUGAAGAUUGUGGGAGUCAACACAGGGCUAGUCAAGGGCUGGGGUCGGAUAUUCGAAUAA